AUGACCACUCUUCGGGUACUGCUGCACGUUGCUGCUCACCGUGACUACGAGCUGCACUCUCUCGACUUCAGCACUGCUUUCUUGCAGGGCAGCCUGCACGAGGAGAUCUGGCUGCGCCGCCCACCUUGCUUCACUGGGUCUUUCCCUCCUGGUACCCAGUGGAGUUUCCGGCGUCCAGUCUACGGUCUCCGCCAGGCGCCACGUGAGUGGCACGACACACUGAGGACUACGCUUGCGGCUCUUGGGUUUGCUCCUUCUACUGCCGACCCGUCGCUGUUUCUGCGCACCGACACCUCUCUGCUGCCGUUCUACAUCCUCGUGUACGUCGACGACUUGGUCUUUGCCACAGCUGACACUGCUGGACUCGCCUACGUGAAGUCCGAGUUGCAGAAGAGACACACGUGCACCGACCUGGGUGAACUGCGCAGCUACCUUGGUUUGCAGAUCACCCGGGACAGAGAACGCCGCACCAUUACCCUGACUCAGUCAUACAUGGUGCAGCAGGUCCUUCAGCGCUUCGGCUUCACGUACUCCUCGCCUCAGGCCACUCCUCUGCCUACUCGCCACUCACUCUCAGCUCUGCCUUCGGAUGAGUCCGUAGAGUCGAAGCACAUGGCUGCAGCGAAGAGGGUGCUGCGCUACUUGUGCAGUACCUCGGAAAUGGGGCUAGUGCUUGGAGGGCGGAGUCCAGUGGUCCUCACUGGGCACGCAGACGCUUCUUGGGCUGACGACCAGGCUACGCAGCGGUCCUCCCAGGGUUACACCUUCAGCCUUGGUUCCGGCUCUGUUUCGUGGCGGGCUACUCGCUCGUCUUCUGUUCUUGGCUCCAGUUCUGAGGCUGAGAUCUACGCCGGGGCCAUGGCUGCACAGGAGCUUCGCUGGCUCACCUACCUGCUGACUGACCUUGGAGAGCCGCCUCGUUCUCCUCCAGUCCUGUACGUAGACAACAAGGCCAUGCUGUCCUUGUGUCGAGAGCAGAGACUGGAGCACAGAACAAAGCACAUUGCUCUCCGCUACUUCCUUGCUCGUGAGCUACAGCAGCAUGGUCAGUUGCGGCUUGCGUACGUGGCCUCUGAGGCCAACACUGCUGAUGUCUUCACCAAGGCGCUUGCACCUUGUGAUCAUCAGCGCUUCUGCACUCAGCUUGGUCUUGUGCCUGUCUUGCCUUACUUGCUCACUGCUUGA